UGGUGGAAUUUGGGGUGUCGAUGCAUAGCUGUGCAGCCGACGUAUUGAAUUUGUUCUGCGGAAGUACCUGAGGCAAAUAGUUGAGGGAUCCAUACAGCAGCCGCCAUGUCCGGCCUGGAGCUGCUGUCCGAGCAGGGGCUGCGCGUGGACGGUCGGCGCGCGCACGAGCUGCGCAACAUCGAGUGUCGCCUGGGCGUGUUCUCGCGCGCCGACGGCAGCGCCUACCUGGAGCAGGGGAACACCAAGGUGCUGGCGGCCGUGUACGGGCCGCACGAGGCGCGCGCCAGCCAGCGGCGGCACGACGCGGCCGCCAUCAACUGCCAGUACAGCCAGGCGGUGUUCAGCGGCUGGGAGCGGCAGCGGCGCGCCGGCGGCGACCGCCGCUCGCUCGAGCUCACCGCCCUGCUGCAGAACACGUUGGAGAGCGUCGUCCAGGUGGCGCUCUACCCGCGCUCCCAGAUCGACGUCUACGUCCAGGUGCUGCAGGCGGACGGCGGCCAUUACGCCACGUGCGUGAACGCGGCGGCGCUGGCGCUGAUCGACGCCGGCGUGGCGCUCAAGGACUACGUGUGCGCGUGCUCGGCGUCGGUGCUGCGCGAGCGGCCGCUGGUGGACCUGAGCUCGAGCGAGGCGAGCGGCGCGCCCGAGCUGACGGCCGCGCUGCUGCCGCGCUCCGGCCGGCUGCCGCUGCUCGAGAUGAGCCAGCGCUUCCACGUGGACAAGCUGCCCGAGCUGCUGGAUGUGGCCGAGACGGCGUGUCGAGACGUGCACACCAUCCUGAACCGCGCCGUGCGCAGGCACGUCAGUGCGCGCGCCGCCGACCUCUGACGACGGCGCAGGGAGGGGCGCGGGGGCGGAGCUGAGGUGGAGAUGAGAGGGGAGCGUCGGAUGGCGCCCGGGAAGGUGGCCUGUGCUCAGGCCGGCCCAGCGCAUGUGCGCACGUGGGCGCGGGCGUGCGACGACGAGAUUGCCCCGCGAGAGGAUCAGAGCGGGAGCCCUCGCCAUCGCGCUGAAGGCGACGCUGAGUCCAUCACGGUGCGGGUCAUGCCGGUGUUCCCUCCGCACUGGGUCCAGCCUGCGUCACACGCUCCGCCGCGGUCGGACCUCGGGUGCGCCGCGCGCCGCCGGGCGGGCGUUGGACUCUGACCCUUGGUGCUGCCGGUCCUGCGCGCCGCGGUCUGGACGCGGGACGGGCGACUGACCGCCCGCGUGGGGAGGCUCCUCGGCCGUGAGGAUGUGUCGCUGCCGGCGCCGGCUCUGGUGAGAGGCGCCGUUGUGAAGAGAGAGUGGGGUCGGCAGGCCUCCAGCGUGCCCCUCGCGUCGUCUGCCGGUUGCGUUUUCAAGUGUAAAUGUGUGCCAAGACUGUUGCAUGUGCUGGGGUGGCCUUUUGGCAUUGUGAAACCCGUUUUUUGUUUCACAACUUGGUGGCACAUCGAAAAUACUUCACUGGGAAAUCGACAUCAUAGCAGUGAACAUUGUACGCAUCCAUGCUUCUAAUA